AUGCGAGAAGAGUUCAGCACUCUCUUCCCUCUGUGUACACACGAACUAGCGCUAUCCACCAGGCCAGGAGCGGAAGCGAGAGAAAAACUCACUUUGCAAGAAACGCUCGCUUACGCCGGGAUUCGAACCCCUGACCUGACCUCUAGAGGGUUUCUAGGUUACCAACUAGACCACCGGGGCGCCCGGCAUUGGGAUACCAAACGGCGACUCUUCCCGCCCAAUAACAACCACGGCAACGGGGCAGGAAUCAGUUUCCGCCCUUGCGAAACAACACCAACCCUGUUCCUGGAUGGAGACCGAGGCUUCCUCCGCGAAUUCCACGCCAUCGUCGUGGACGUGUGGCAGACGGGGAACGUACCGCAGCAGUGGAAGGACGCCACCAUCAAGGUUCUGUUCAAGAAGGGGGACACGAUGGAGUGCGGCAACUACCGGGGCAUCUCUCUCGUUGCACACGCCGGCAAGGUGCUGCUUAAGGUCGUUGCAACACGCCUAAGCCACUACUGCGAGCGAGAGGGCAUCCUCCCGGAGGAGCAGAGCGGUUUCCGCCCACACCGGUCGACGCUCGACAUGCUGUUCGCGAUCCAGCGGCUCCAUGAGCUCGCGAGGAAGAAGAGUACUGCGGUCUUCGCGUGC